ACGCCGCAUGACAAAUAUCGGCGCACGACUCCCAAACUUUUUUGCUAUAAAAAAGUUUGGGAUGACGUGGCGGAAUGAGAAAAAAAAAGAGAACUGUCAAAAUGGUUGGGAAAGAAUAAAAACGUUGUUUGUGCAAAUUUACAUUUAAUUUUACAUUUUAUACAGUCCGCUGCUAAAAUUGCUUAAGUAUUUCCUUGCCACACGUGUGCCAUUAAUUGUAGAAGUGGCAAACAUUCAAUCAAAGUGCUCAAUACGUGAAAAUUCAUGCUUAUUGUGGCGCAGUGAAAUUCCCCACGAGGCCGGAAGAAAAAAUUUUUUUUGUUCCUCCAAACCGGAGACAUUUAUUAACUCUGCGUAUAUCUGCAGGUGGGAUAUUUGCUGCCGGACAAAGAGACGACGCUUACUCCCUUAAAGUUGUGGGACCAUUACUAACGCUGAGUAUAUCUGCAGGUGGGAUAUUUGCUGCCGGACAAAGAGACGACGCUUACUCCCUUAAAGUUGUGGGACCAUUACUAACGCUGAGUAUAUCUGCAGGUGGGAUAUUUGCUGCCGGACAAAGAGACGACGCUUACUCCCUUAAAGUUGUGGGACCAUUACUAACGCUGAGUAUAUCUGCAGGUGGGAUAUUUGCUGCCGGACAAAGAGACGACGCUUACUCCCUUAAAGUUGUGGGACCAUUACUAACGCUGAGUAUAUCUGCAGGUGGGAUAUUUGCUGCCGGACAAAGAGACGACGCUUACUCCCUUAAAGUUGUGGGACCAUUACUAACGCUGAGUAUAUCUGCAGGUGGGAUAUUUGCUGCCGGACAAAGAGACGACGCUUACUCCCUUAAAGUUGUGGGACCAUUACUAACGCUGAGUAUAUCUGCAGGUGGGAUAUUUGCUGCCGGACAAAGAGACGACGCUUACUCCCUUAAAGUUGUGGGACCAUUACUAACGCUGAGUAUAUCUGCAGGUGGGAUAUUUGCUGCCGGACAAAGAGACGACGCUUACUCCCUUAAAGUUGUGGGACCAUUACUAACGCUGAGUAUAUCUGCAGGUGGGAUAUUUGCUGCCGGACAAAGAGACGACGCUUACUCCCUUAAAGUUGUGGGACCAUUACUAACGCUGAGUAUAUCUGCAGGUGGGAUAUUUGCUGCCGGACAAAGAGACGACGCUUACUCCCUUAAAGUUGUGGGACCAUUACUAACGCUGAGUAUAUCUGCAGGUGGGAUAUUUGCUGCCGGACAAAGAGACGACGCUUACUCCCUUAAAGUUGUGGGACCAUUACUAACGCUGAGUAUAUCUGCAGGUGGGAUAUUUGCUGCCGGACAAAGAGACGACGCUUACUCCCUUAAAGUUGUGGGACCAUUACUAACGCUGAGUAUAUCUGCAGGUGGGAUAUUUGCUGCCGGACAAAGAGACGACGCUUACUCCCUUAAAGUUGUGGGACCAUUACUAACGCUGAGUAUAUCUGCAGGUGGGAUAUUUGCUGCCGGACAAAGAGACGACGCUUACUCCCUUAAAGUUGUGGGACCAUUACUAACGCUGAGUAUAUCUGCAGGUGGGAUAUUUGCUGCCGGACAAAGAGACGACGCUUACUCCCUUAAAGUUGUGGGACCAUUACUAACGCUGAGUAUAUCUGCAGGUGGGAUAUUUGCUGCCGGACAAAGAGACGACGCUUACUCCCUUAAAGUUGUGGGACCAUUACUAACGCUGAGUAUAUCUGCAGGUGGGAUAUUUGCUGCCGGACAAAGAGACGACGCUUACUCCCUUAAAGUUGUGGGACCAUUACUAACGCUGAGUAUAUCUGCAGGUGGGAUAUUUGCUGCCGGACAAAGAGACGACGCUUACUCCCUUAAAGUUGUGGGACCAUUACUAACGCUGAGUAUAUCUGCAGGUGGGAUAUUUGCUGCCGGACAAAGAGACGACGCUUACUCCCUUAAAGUUGUGGGACCAUUACUAACGCUGAGUAUAUCUGCAGGUGGGAUAUUUGCUGCCGGACAAAGAGACGACGCUUACUCCCUUAAAGUUGUGGGACCAUUACUAACGCUGAGUAUAUCUGCAGGUAGGAUAUUUUCACCCAACAUUUUUUUGGACCUUCAAGCCGCUCGAAGCUACAAGCAAGAAGUUUUAGUCGUCGAUCCGUGCGAAGUCAUACAACGCUUGAUUUCAUCAAUGUGUGCGGAAUGGAAGACAGCUUCGUCAGCGACCAUGACCAUUCAAUAUGACUUAAGAAGGAUCCAACAUUAUUUGGACCUUCAAGCCACUCGAAGCUACAAGGAAGAAGUUUUUUUGUUUUCAAUCCGUGUGAAGUCAUACAAUCUUUGAUUUCAUCAAUGUGUGCGGAAUGGAAGACAGCUUCGUUAGCGACUAUGGCAAUUCAUUAUGAUUUAAGAAAGAUAUAUCAAGACAGGAUAAAUGAGGUGGACACCGCUCUUGAGGAAUUCGUCAAAAAUCCUAUGUUGUUGAGGAGACAGGAAGCGAUAAUCGAGUUAGAGACGCAUAGAGAAAUCAUCAAACAUCUCGAAGCAAUGUUCAAAGAAGUUCAAGCAAGUAUUAUAAAGGGGACAAAAACUCUAGAUAUGAAGCAAAAGGAACAACUAGAACUAUUCAACUUCGGCACAAAAUGCAUAACUCGCUGCUCAAAAAUCGCCAACCUACUCAUCACGGCAUACAGACAGGAGAAGAUGCUUCCACCCAGACCAGGAGAAAUCUCAAAGGUACAACUGACCACAACAAGGAAUCAGCACCUAGAAGAACAAAGACUCCAUAGGCAGGGAAAUCAAAAUGGAUCAUUAGAAAAGACAUCUGCAGUUCCGCAAGUUUCUGAUCUGGAACCGGCGAAAAUUCUGAAGUUUACGCGAUCCGAAGAGAAAUGGCAAUCAUCCAGAAAUCUCUGUGUGGUAAAUUACAGCGAAAAUCCUCACCUCACAAAGGCACAAGGGCUACAACCCCCUCAAGUUGAUAUAUCUAAAUUCAAUGUUUCAAUUGAUCUUUUCGUGAAUUCAUCUGUGCAAACAGCAGAUGAUGCCCUGAAUCAAUACACGCAACUUGAACCACAAGUGACAACUCUCGCAGGUUCAAGACCGUCAAGUGGGGCAAGGGCCAAUCUCCUAUUCACAACGGCAACAGUGGAUAUCCCUGACAAAUUCAACAGCAACAGGAAGUGCAGGAUCAUUCUGGACCCAGGAUCACAAGUAAAAUUCACGAGUGCCAACCUGAGCCAGCAAUUGAAACCGAAAUGCCAAACCACAAAUUUUACUGUUGAUGGGAUCAAUAAAAAUUCUCAAAAUCGCAACAAGGAGUCACAAAGGACGAUUCUCAAUGAGGAAAACGAGGCACAACCAGCCCAAGAUGUAUUAUGCUCAGUCAUGCAAAUGAUCACAAAGGAUCAAUCAAACUGGCGAGUAAAUAAAUUUAAAGUCCACACUCCGGGACAGUACAAAUUAACUGAACCAAAGUGGCAAAUCCAUCUUAAAGAUGACAUGCUCAUAGGGGGAGCAACGAUUCAGAAUUGGGUCGGAGAGAAGAAGUACGAAAUCAGAAACGUCAAAAUCAUAGGACAUAACGGUUUUCUUGGAUCGGCGAAAGUCAACAUUUCUUCCAAAUUUCUCUCCCCAAAAUUCACAGCAUACAAUUUUAUCUGUUGGUAUUCCCUCAAUACGACAAUCAAAGGGUUAAUGACAUUGAAGGGAAUCUUACCAGCAAACCCUUUCAAUCCAGGCAUCAAUGCAGAAUUGUCUAAAGUGAUGACAAUUGCCUUCUAUGCCGAGAACUGCCAUGUUUGGACGGAAGCUGAUGGAAAUCUCAGUCAAGCAGACAACUCUAAGCCAAACCAGGAAGGAUUAAUUUGCCAGAUGAACGAGGAACCACAAACUUCACAACGGAAGCAUAGUUUCAAACGGCAACAUCAGGCAAAUUUAGUCUUGCAAAGGAGAACCGUCAAACAACAAGCAGAAAAUCGUCUUGAGGAUUCAUUGGAAGAGAUCAACCGAGGAACACCAAUGAUCACGACAAUGGUAGGAGAUCUGAGUAACACACAAUCGUUGGAAGCGAAGGACAACCCCUGAGACUGAGUCGAAGAUCCGUUGGAACGCAUGAGGAAUCUCAAGUGAAACACCACAAGUUCCCUCAAGGAGAAUUCACAAAGCUCAUCAUACAGGAAGAUCACAUCAAAUCGCUUUAAGUUGCUCACAAUUCAUUUUAUGCAUAUUGGAAUUAUCCUAUAGUGUUUGUGAAGACGUAAAAGGUGUAGGCAAAUCAAACCAACAAUUAAUUACCCAUAAGAAGACCAAGACAUGUAUCACGGAAGGGUUGAUGGGGGAGCGAUCUACUGCAAGGUCAGUUUGUUGGGUCGACGGAAACUCUAGAGGGUACGGUCGCGCACCCUAUUCCGAAGAUACUCGUAUGGGGUUAAAGGGAAUUUAUUGGAAAAAAAAAUCGUAAGUCUUCUUUGCAUUUAAAAUUUAUUAAGUAAAAUUUCUUUGGUGAAGGUAAAUCUUAAUCAGAAAGGGUCUUGAAUUUUGAAUUAUGGGAAAAAUCAAUAAGGGUAUAAUUAUUAUUUAUCUUAUAAUUAUUUUAUAUAAAAAACUAAA